UCUGAUUACCCAAACAGUGUUUCUCUAAUCAGAGAGUGAAGCAGUAAACUUAUCAUCAUCAUCAUCAUCCAUGGCGAAAUCUCUGCUCUGGUCAAAAUGGGGCAAAAAGGAAUGGAUAAUAUCAGCCAUUGGGUUCACUGUUGUUUCAUUAGCUAUCAUUUUGACUCUCGAUUCAUCUUCAUCAUCAGAUCGAGUUCCUAAUCAAAACCAGAUAACCACUCCUCUUCUCGAUGAGGAGUCACUUGUUGAUUUGAUUUUAUUGCAGAACGCUCAGCAAAAAGGAGCUGUUUGCUUAGAUGGGAGUUCACCUGGGUAUCAUUUCAGCAAGGGUUUUGAUUCUGGCUCUGAGAAUUGGCUUCUUCACAUUGAGGGCGGUGGUUGGUGCGAUACGGUGGACAAGUGUAGUAUACGCAAGGGGACUGCGUUAGGAUCGUCAAAGUUUAUGGAUACUAAAGUUCCUUUUACUGGCAUUUUGAGCAGUAUCGAGUCACAGAAUCCUGAGUUCUUUAACUGGAACAGAGUAAAGAUACGCUAUUGUGAUGGGGCGUCAUUUGCUGGGAAUCAAAGUGAACCCGAGAGUAGUUCGGGACUCUUUUUUAGAGGUCAGCUCAUCUGGGAUGCAGUCAUGGAGGAACUCCUUUCAUUAGGUUUGGCUAAUGCUCGACAGGCUCUUCUUUCCGGCUGCUCUGCUGGAGGAUUGGCGACGCUCAUACAUUGUGAUGAUUUUCAAGAAAUGCUGCCUAAAGAAGUUAAUGUCAAAUGUCUCUCAGAUGCAGGAUUUUUCUUGGAUGAGAAAGACGUUUCUGGAGAGCGGACCAUGCGAUCUUUCUAUCGGGCUGUAUCAAAUCUUCAGGGAGUGACAAAUAGUUUACCGAAGGACUGUACAUCGAGAAUGGAAUCAUCCGAGUGUUUAUUUCCCCAAAAUUUUGUGAAGUACAUAAAGACGCCAGUUUUUCUUGUGAAUCCUUCUUACGAUUGGUGGCAGAUACACAACAUUUUGGCACCAUCUACAGCAGAUCAUAGUUGGUUAAAAUGCAAACGGAAUAUUAAGGAUUGUAAUCCAAAUCAAAUUGAGAUACUGCAUGGAUUCCGAAUUUCUAUGCUAAAGGAGCUGGACCAAUUCCGUCAUAGCAGGAACGUGGGUAUGUUCAUAAACUCAUGUUUUUCACAUUGCCAGACAUGGAUAACUAACACAUGGCAUUCGGUGGACUCUCCGAGAAUCAACAAUAAGACAAUUGCAGAAGCAGUUGGGGAUUGGUAUUUCGACAGAAAAGCUGUUAAGGAAAUUGAUGGGCCAUACCCCUCCAAUCCUAGUUGUCACAAUUUGGACUUCAGUUCUUUUCAUAAAUCAAGAUGAGCUUAGAUCAAGGUAUGCUUGAUGUGCGACGAGAUAGAACCUGGCUCUUAACGAAAAUUGGGCGUCAGAGAAACUUCGCAGGGCCAUUCGUAUUGAAAAUCAGAACACGUGGGAGCUGCAAAUUCAGAUCCUUGUAUUCUUUUCAACUUCUGCAAUGCCAACAGAAAAUUGUGCGUAUGAUUUCCAAAGGCAUGUCAGUCGUUGCCUUGGUCAUAACUAUACUAAAUAGUAUUCAUUCUUUCUUUUAUAUGUUGUCAAACUACAAACAUUGCGAAUAUACAAGUUCCAAAAUCUUCAUUUCUGGGGCCUUGAUCUCUGUAUGAUACGCAAAGGCACGUCUUUUGCCAAGUAUUAUGGAUUU